AUGGCACAAGAGAAGGAUAAAGCAAGUCCGUGUAUACCGCAACGGGUUGGUCAUCCCGCAAUCCACCCUCGAGCUAUGCAGACACUGACGGCAUCAGCUACACUCGGGCCUCUUCGAGGACACUCGUUAUCGCAAAGCGAAUUCAUUUCUCCGAAUCACUGGCCAUUACACAAGAAACUGGUGAUCGUCGUUGUCACCUUCCUCGCUGUGAUCAACUCCGGCAUCGGGACCUCGCUGCCGAGCAAUGCUGUCCCUUAUCUUAUGCGCGACUUCCACGUGGAAGACGAGGCGCAAAGCAGCUUGCCGACGGCAAUAUUUCUGGUCGGUUACAUCGUGGGGCCACUCGUGUUCAGUCCCUUGAGCGAGACAAUAGGGCGCCGGCUGGUGCUCUUUCCGACUUUUACUGUGUUUCUACUGUCGACGGUGGGAUGUGCCUUGAGUUCGAGCUGGGGGCUGUUCCUCUUCUUUCGCUUUCUUUGUGGAACCAUGGGAGCUGCGCCUCAGACGGUCGUGGGGGGCAUUUACGCCGAUAUGUUCUUUGAUUUGAGAGAAAGAGGACGGGUGAUGGCUUUCUACAUGGCAUCAGCAAGUUUCGGUCCAAUUCUUGGUCCUAUAAUCUCCGGAUUUGCAUCGCCUGCGUAUGGCUGGAGGUGGACAUUUUGGAUUGCUUCGAUGGUGGCGGGUUUUGCCUGGCUUGGCCUUAUUUUUGUGCCCGAGACCUUUGGCCCGGUGCUAGAGAGACGCAACUCGACCAUGAAAGAAGGCGAGGUUGAAAAGAAGACAGUCAAUGUUUUCCAAAUCCUCCAGCGACCACUGGCAAUGAUGCUUUUUGAGCCCAUCAUUACUUUUACUUCGAUAUACAUUGCGUUAGCAUAUGGUCUCGUCUUCUUCUACAUUCAGGCGUAUCCAAUUAUCUUCCAGGGUGUUUACGGAUUCGAUAUACAGAUGACGUCUCUCGCGUUUCUCCCUGUUGGAGUGGGUGCAGUAUCCACUGGGCUCGUCGCUCUUUAUUGGGAUAUGACCUACGAUAAAGCCAAGAAACACAACAAGCCAUGGCACUUCGGUGCGGAAUUGCACCGGCUUCCCGUCUCCUGUCUGGGCGCCAUCCUUCUCACGGCAAGUCUGUUCUGGCUCGCCUGGACGUCUCGCAAGGAAAUUCACUGGGCGGUCCCCAUCGCCUCCGGGCUGGUGUUCGGCUUCGGAUACCAGGCUAUUUUUGUGUCAUUGCUGACCUACGUUACCGAUGCCUACAAAAUCUAUUCUGCCAGUGCGUUGGCCAGCUCGGUGAUAAUGCGGAGCACAUUGGGAGCGCUGCUACCACUGGCCGUGAAGCCAAUGUACAACACUCUGGGUGUGAGCUGGGCGACAUCAACGUUAGGGUUCUUGAGUCUGGCGUGUGUGCCUAUUCCCUUUGUGCUGCUAUACAAGGGGGCCUGGGUAAGAGGAAGAAGCAAGCUUUGUCAACAGCUGAUGAAGCACGAAUGGUCCGAGGAGCCGUCGGAUAUAGAGCAGACGAGGCCGCGAGUCUAG